CCGUCGGAACGAGUUUUGAUUUUCUGUUGCGUCGGAAAUUCACAAGAGCAGACAUGGCAGCCACCACUAAAAAUAUGAGUGUCACGGAUCCAAUCACUAUUUUCGAGAAAUACACCAUCGAUGAAGUGCGUAACUUGGAGAAAGGCAUCAGGGCAGAGAUCGAGAAGAAGAAGGAGGAUCUUCGUCAAAUGGUUGGGGAACGUUAUCGGGACCUGAUAGAAGCUGCCGACACCAUCAAGGACAUGAAAAAGAGUGCUGAGCAGGUCGUGCAGUCAAUAAGGAGCAUGCAGGCACGCUGCGAGCUACUGGCGCAGCAAGUUCCGCAGGGCAAGGGCCGGUCGGCGAAAUUCUUCAAACCGCCUCAAAGGGUGUACAAGGAGAGCCACUUCUAUGCGGUCGCCGCGCAGAUCAAGCUGCUGCUCGACAUUCCCGAGAAGAUCUGGGCGACGGUGGAUGCCGCUGACUACCUGCGCGCGACGCAGCUCUACCUGCUCGCCCGGCACAUCCACACGGGCCUGCACCUCGAUAGCACGUCUCCGCAGUCGGCCCACAUCCUCGCUCACUUCCCCGUGCUCUCCCGCCAGUGGUCGGCCAUCAGCCAGUUCAAGCCGGCGAUCCUGCAGGGAUGUCGUCAGAUGCUGAGCGAUGCAUCUGUGAGUCAGCAGGUGACGACCGACUGCCUCUGCGCGAUCCUGCUGCUGGAGGACAGCACGCCGCGGCAGAUGUUCGCCGAGUUUCUGCUCGCGCGCGCCGCCGCCAUCCGCCGGCUCUUCAGCGGCGGCCACCAGGUGGCGAGCAUCCGCUCGCUCGUCUGCGACGUCGCCACACUCGUGCCGACGACGACCAGGCAGAUCCGCUCGAUCUUCUACAGCGGCGAGGCAGACGACGCGGCAGGUGAGCCGAACCUCCUGCUGGCGACGCUCGCGCGCGUCACCGACAGCGACCAGCUGGUGAGCGGCUGGAGCGCGGGCGCGCCGUUCCUCAAGCACCUGCCCGCGAGCGUGACGGACUUCCGGCCCGUGCUGCGUGCGCCCGCCGCGCGCAUCAAGCCCGGCUACCUGCAGCAGAGCUGUCAGCAGUGGAUCAACGCGUGCCUGCAGGACGUGCGCGGCAGCGUCGCGGGCCAGCUCGCUCACGUCGACACCGUGCGCGCGCUCGCGGGCAUGCGCGACGCGGCGUGGCAGGCACUGCGACGCGAGAGCAGCGCGUGCGGCGGCGGCUGGGAGGCGACGUGCGCGGACGUGCUCGCGCGCUGCCUCGAUGUGUGGGCCGAGUUCCUGCGACCGCUCUUCCUCGCUCGCGUGCAGGAGAUUAUCAAGUGUACACUCGAGACGAUCAUUGACUCUGUACAGCACACACUGAGUGCCGCUCAGAGAGACAUCACUGAGCGAACCGGAGACAAGCUACUGGAGUUUGAGACCAAUGUACUGCGCUACGUGUGGACGGAGUCGGCCGGCGAUAUGCCUGCCAACGUCGGCUGGCAGGCGGCGCUGUCACGCUCUGAUCGAAACAGUGGAGCACUCUUGAUGAAGUCGAAGGCGCUGACGCCAUUCGUGCAGAAGGUGUGCCAGCAGAUGGAACAGCAGCUGCAGCAGCUACUGGUAGACGUGAACAGCUACCUGACUGCCGACGACAGCACGGAGCGAGCGAGAGAGAAGCUAGCGCUGUACAAGGAGGAGGCGGAGAAGGAAGCCCCGUCGCUGCAGCGGUUCGACGAGACGGAGGAUGCCGACAGCGUGAUGAGUCAUCAGCAGGCUGUCUGUCGCGAGUGUCUGAGCAGGCUGCUGGACCACAUUAAUGAAGAGCUAGAACGCGGAGGGCAAGAAUUAAGUCUCACAGAAUCAAGAUGUGGCAGCUACCGCAAAAUCAGCAGCCUGCUUCUUCUGGGACGUUUCUGCACGGGACUCGCUGAGUUAAGCCCUAGCUUGCAGCAGUGUCUGACCAAAGCAGGACCGCGCACUGGCCACGAGGGAUCACCACUGUUACGGAUCUUAUCGACGAGUAAACUUCAGUCUAAGAGCAAGGAUGAGGAGGAGCAGCAGCAGCAGGAGGAGGAGGUAUGGCAGCACAGCAGGGCAGCACUGACCGACACAUGGCUGCGAGCGUGCCGGCUGUGGGCCGACCACACGGCCGCCGCCCUCGUCGCUACGUUGCGCUCGAGCCUGCUGGACGCGCGUGGCGCCCCCGCACUGCUGCGCCAGACGCCGGUUUGGGAGAAUAUCGAGAUCCAAGAGGAGGCAGAAGAAGGCGAGACUGUCAGCUCGAUCAUCAGAGUGCCCGCUCAGGCUUCUUGGUAUAUCCAUACACUUCUGAGCGAUCUCUGCAUGCAAAUCAAUCAAGUGGGUGGUCAUGCGUUCAAUAGGUCAGUCCUGCAGGAGGUCGUGCGGAAGACAGCAGAUGGCGUGAUUGCUGCGUACGAGCGUCUACGCGACGUCCGGGGUGGCGCAUCCAAGGGUGAUGCCGCAGCGACUCGUCUCUCCCAGACGCGUGCGCUGCAGCUGCUGUUUGACAUCCGCUUCGUUAGUAGCAUCCUUGUCGGCCGUGAUGACUCCGAGGUUGGAAAGGCUCUCUCAGAGAGAGUGGAGAGGCUCACUGACGAGGUGGAAAGUCACAUCGACCCAUUUGACCUUGACGUCUUUGCUCCGCACAUCCGAAAUAACCUGUCGAGACACGUCCAGCGUUGCCAGGUGAUGCUGGGUGCGGUGACGGGGCUGGAUAGACUCGGUCUCUACGCUUCGACGCGCGCUCUGUCGAGCGGCGGUCAGGAGCAGCACAACGUGCUCCUGCUGAGCGCGUCGGCCGGCGUUCGCUUCCCGCUGCUCCCCGUCAGCUCUCAGCACCCGCCGCCUCUCAUCGACUACCUCACGCCGCAGUCUCCGCUCGCAAAGUCGCAGAGCGUACCCUCGAUGGUAGACUCAGUUGAUGACGCGAGCAGCACAGACUCACAGUCGAUCCAUCGGUCCGCGACGUCAUUCUUCGAGGCUAUGAGCACGAGCUGGUUCGGUGGUGGCCGGUAGCUGAGAUCUCGGCGACAGUGUCUGUCCUGUCACCACGUUGACCAGAGGAGCCAGAGGAAGACAAAGAGGGGGAGAAAGAGGAGGAAUCGCAAGGGAGUUGACCAUUUGCUGCGAUGGUGGUUUUAGGGGAGAUCAGCCCAGCCGACACUGCGGUU